UUAAUAAAAAAUAUUGAAGGUUGGUCUCCGUUGGAAUUUGUUAAACUUAGAGAAUGGGAUUCAUUCAACUCAACUAGUGGAUUUAUUAAUAUAAAACUACCAAUUAUUCCUAGACAUGUGGUGAUAAGUCAUACAGCUACACCUCAGUGCGUUUAUAAAAAUGAUUGCGAAUUUGAAUUAUCAUAUUCUAUCAGUCGGCCAGAACGUAAAGAUGCAUCACCAGAAGUCUUUGCUAACUUUUACAUUGGUGGAGAUGGACGUGUUUAUAUAGGACGUGACUGGGAAUCAAUUGGAGUGAAUAAUUUUGGAUGUGAACAAAGAACACCCAUUAUUGAAAUCAGUUUAAUUGGUCAUUUUAGAUAUUCACAAUUCUCGAAAAAACAAUUUCUAGCUACCCAACAGCUCUUGGAGGAAGGUAUUUUGAAUAAGAAAAUCUCAUAUGACUAUGAAUUACAUGGAGUUUGGCAGCUGGUAAAUAAUAUCACUCCAUCAAAUAUGAGCAACAUAGCAUCAACUAUCACAAACUGGCUACAUUGGAGUUCUAAUUCAUUGCAGUGUUUAACUUCAAUUUCUGAAAAUAGUAUUGAAUAAUUAUUAUUAU